GCCUGAGAUUUUUAAGCCAACCGUGGAGAGCAAAGUGAGGAAGCACAUUAAAGCGCAUGAAAAGAGGGCUGUCAAGUUUGAAGAAUAUGCAAUCUUCAAGUGCGGCUUAUACUGCAAGGCUGUUUCACAUUUUCACUGCCCCAAAUGCAGUAAAUUAGUGGAAAAAAAGAACAAAUUCCUGGAGCAUCUGGUCAAAUGCAUGGGAACGGUGGCACAUGAGGAUAGAGAGAAUCCCUUCCUGUUAAAGGAGGAGCCGGAGUGGUGUAAUUUGUCUAUGAAAGAAGAUGCAGACUCUUGUCGCAUGUCUGAGGAGCAGGACGGUCACCCGGCUGUUGUUCUUGGAGAGGAGCGACAUGUUACAAUCCAAAACGGAGGACCAAUUCAGCUGGAAAAAUGUGUGCAGUGCUGCAGUAAAUACCACUGUCCGUUCUGCAAGCCUGAGGUGUUUAAGCCAACCGUGGAGAGCAAAGUGAGGAAGCACAUUAAAGCGCAUGAAAAGAGGGCUGUCAAGUUUGAAGGAUAUGUAAUCUUCAAGUGUGGAUUGAACUGCAGGACUGUUUCACAUUUUCACUGCCCAAAAUGUUGCAAAUUAUUGGAGAAGAAGAACAGAUUUGUGGAUCACCUGCACAAAUGCGUGGGCACAGUGACAGCUGAGGGUGGAGGACACCACCUACCUGUAAAGCAGGAGGCUGACAGCCACCAUGUGCCUGAAGAUGAGGAGAAUAACCCAGUUCCUAAAGCAAAGGACCAAGAUUGCCGCUUGGAGGCUGGGCCAAAUCCAGCGCUACCAUUGCAGUCUGAGGUCGUUUCAGUUCCUCAACCUAAUCACAGACUCGCGUCCGCCAAUCUACACGACUCCAGAUCACCUUGCACUUUUGUUAAUCCGAGAACGAACAGAAAAGGAAGAUCUCAAAAGAUGUCUUUUGUUGAAGGAAACACACCUACUCCACUGUCAACAUGUUCCACGGUGGAAGAGAAGUCAUGGCGUGAAGCUGUCAAGAGCCUUCAGACUUAUCAGGAAACUAGCAUUUUUAAGAGUCGUGAGGUGAUUGUGAACACACAGUGUCUGCUGGAGCUUUUCCAGUUCUGCUGGCAUUGUCAGAAAGAGUGCUGUAUUACCAUUGAGGGCAACGAGAGGCUGUUUUCAGUCACGCAGGAUUGUCAGAGUUGUGGACACCACAGAGACUGGAGGAGUCACCCGCCUUCAGCCGAACCUGAACAGACCUUUCAUAACGAGGAAGAACAUACACUUGAAGAUGAGGAUGGUGAGGAGGUUGUGGUUCAGAUCGUGUCGUCAGAUAACGAGUGCAGUGAGCAGGUGUUUAUCGAAAAGGACGGGUCAUAUUUAUCUAGUGAUGAUGAAGAAGCAAGUCUGCAGGAGGAGGAAGUGAAAAAGAAACGAAAGAGGAAGUCUAAAAGUAAGGACAGUUCAGAUGAGUGGGAGCCAGGUUUAGAUGAAGAGGCCACAGACUCCGAUGUGUCCAUGGAUGAAGAUCUGUUCACAGCUUUAAAGGAGGACGGUCAGGGUAACCUUGUGGUGUGGUGUACACAAUGUGGGACCGAGGCCUCGCUCUCCUGUUCUGUCCUUCGACACAAAAAGGUGUUCUGCUGCGCUCGGUGCGGUGCAGGUGACGUCAUUCAAACACGUAAUAUUGAAUCACUUCCUGUUCGGUUUGAUGACGUCGCCGGGUUUCAGAAACAUGCUGAACAGGAGCACGGAGCCAAACCUUUCUAUACACUGUGUCAGGACUGUGGCAAGUUUGUUACAGCAGAUCCUGAAUCCAGAGUUUUAAAACAACAUAAAUGUGAACACAAGUCCAAAUUUAUCGUCUGUCCAGAGUGCGGGAAAAGGUUCCUCACCGAGGGCGGUCUAAAGACGCACUACACUCAGCUCCAUUCGGAUUACGAUCACCCGUGUAAAUACUGUCUGAAGGUCUUCAAAACCAAGUCUGCGAAACUGGAACACGAGCAGACUCAUCCUAAAGAAAGUCAACCAUACCGCUGUCCAGAUUGUCCAGAGAAGUUUAGCAGUAUUUACAAACGCAACAACCAUGUCGUAUCCCACCGAGCUCCACGUAAAUAUGUGUGUGAGAAAGGCUUUAAGGACAUCAUGAGGUUAAAAGGGCAUGAAGUCAUCCACUCUGGAGAACAGCCUUUCAAAUGCCAAGUGUGUGAGCGUUCCUUCAACCAGAUCUUAAACCUCACUUCCCACAUGCGGGUCCACACUGGAGAGAAACCUUUCACGUGUGAGCAAUGCGGAGAGUCGUUCAGUCACAGCGUCAGCCUGAAGAACCACAAGCAACGACACCAUGACUCGAGUUUGACUCAAGAGAAAGACGUGAUUUAUACAAACACUCGUGAAACUGCACCGUGGUCGCCUUGACUGAGGUGUCCCCAGUGGAACAGAGGGCGUGGCCACAAUUUACUUUGAAGGAUUGCUGAGAAACACUUUUAACGGAGUCAGUUAAUACUGAUUGAGAAUAGAAAUAUGGUGGAUUUCUUCAUUGUUUGUCAAAUCACAUUGUCACGCUGACUUUUUCACAGAUCUUGGAAUCACAGCAGCUCCAUCCGAUAUUUUUAUGACCAUAAGACUAUUUUCCUGCUAAUACAUAAAUUCCAACACUUACGAUGUAAGCUAUCCUCUUAUGGAAUGCCUCAAGCAGGUUUAAAUGUAUUACCAACAAACUAUUUAACACCUUUGGUUUUAUUUUGUACCUCUUAUGCAGCAUUUCCAGACCUGGGCCAGUUGCUUGCUCCCAGGCAGUGACGGGUUUCUCUUUAUGCCAUGCAAAAUUAGCAUAUUUCACAGAGGUUAAUACAUUGUUGCUAA